AUGGCAGCAUCCUCACGAGAAUACUACGAGUACCACCACCACCACCGCCACCACUCCCACCACGGCGCAAAGAAGCGCCUCUACCUCGAACCCCCCACCAACGGCGCCGUCACCGUCCGCACAAAGAAGACAACCUUCAUCCCCGCCCGCGAGCCGACCCCGCCCCCGGUCAUCGUCAGGCCCUGCACGCCCCCUCCUCCCCCCGUCGUCGAGCCUCUCCCUCCUCCGCCUCCACCCGUCAUCGCGCUUCCUCCUCCUCCUCCGCCGCCGCCCCCCAUCGUCCUGCCGCCUGAGCCCGCGCCCAUCGAGGUCAUCGCCGUCGACGUGGAGCCGAGCGUCAAGAGCAGCAAGAGCAGCAAGUCCUCGCGCAGCAGCCGCAGCCGCAGCUGCAGCCACUCACGCCACGGCAGCCGUGAUCGCGAGAGGGACGUCAGAGAGGUCUACGUCGAGCGCGAGAAGCUCGUCCCCGUGCGCGUGCCGUACCCCGUCCCUGUCCCCGUCGAGCCGCGCUACGAGACGUUCAGGUACGUCGAGGGGAGGCGGUAUUCGCCGCCGCGCAUGCUGCCGCCGCCCCCGCCGCCUGAGGAGGAGAGGAUGAGAGUGACCAUCUCGGAUCGCAGAAGGGAGCGGGAGUACAUUCACAGGCGAUGA